CACGGUGUGUUAAACACCCUUGAAGAUGGAAAACAACUUCCACUGCUUACCUGAUAGUCUGAAUGGGGUGGUAAAAAAGCAGAUGAAUUGCGUCUCUUCCUCGCAGUAAGUCUUCCACAUCAUUAGUUUUACUUGCAAACGCCCAUCGCACGUGGAGCUAUUUUUGUUUCAUGAUGCACCGUUUGCUGGGCAUAUUUUGCAGCAAAGAGUCGUGUUAACCUUGCGGUUUUCACGCAGGAUGGCAAGGUGUUCAUUUUUAAUUGGAACAAGGCGUAUCAUUGACAUUUGUAAGAAUUCAAUUUUGCAUGCUGUCCCGCGGCUUGGGAGGCCGUUCAGCGAAACGUGUAUAACAUCUGCAAUGAGAAAGUGUUUUCCGAACGAUCGAUUUCUGGCUAAUGGAGUGUAGAAAUCAUCGGAAGAAACGGAAGAGAUUCGAAGGCGAAUACCUACAAGUGGUGGUAAGUCUUUUAACAUUGCUAAAUGAAAAAAAUUAAGGUCUAUAAAUCAGACAGUUGCUGCGAAGCAUUUGCUAUUUUUAGUUCUUUGCAAUAUAUGUUCCAGUAUCGAGCGGUACAAUCUCGAAUAACUGGAAGCAUCCUCGAACAACACAUCCGAAACAAAAGGGCAGAGACGUAUAUAAAGAGUCAAAGUGGCCUAUAGAAUGAAACACUUCAUUGUGAUCCAGUGAGACAAUAAGGAAUCGAGAAAAUGUUUCCUUCUUUGCUCUUCUUGUCCAGUUGUCUUGUCCUUGCCUUCCUGUCCGGCAAGAGCAGAAGCGACAAUUCGAUGGCAUUCGGUUCGAAUUAUUAUCAGCCCAAUCCAUUAGCCAAUUUACAUCCCAGAGUACCAUAUUCUCACUGGUAUUCGCAGAUGGGUUAUCCUUCCAGUAAUAUCCAGUCGACGGGCAAUCGCCAACAAGUUCGCCCAUUUUAUACGCCGGCGCCUGUGAUGAGUUAUCCAACUUAUUAUCCGCACCGACCUACAUAUUGGCUUCCAUCAACCCAAUCCUACGACCAAAUAUACAACAGGAAGAAGCAAUUAAAAGACCAAUUGUUGUACGACGAACAAAUUGCCGAAGAACUGGCCUUACUCAGAGGACCUCCAGUCUAUCCAACACAACUUGCUGAGUAUGGCUCUAAUGACUUACGGACUACGUAUUUCGACACCUUUGAAUCUGAAACCGAGGCUCGGCAACAAGCUCACGGACGCUUCAGAGGUGGAUUUGCCCAAGUCGGAGGACUUUCCUCGCUAAUAAGAGGACCACCAGGACUGUUUGAUGAAGAAGAUGAAGAAGUACCUGAAUUUCGUCGAAACAAGGGACAAGAUCCAAAAAUCUUCGGUUGGAAAUUGAAUUUUUUACAAAAUUUGCUCAAGGGACCGCCGGGACCGCCGGGUCCAACAGGGUCUACCGGACCUACCGGUCUUACCGGUUCUACUGGUCCUACUGGCCCUACUGGAGCCACGGGCCCGGCAGGAGCUGACGGAGCAGCCGGACCACCAGGUGCUGACGGAGCAGCCGGAGCAGCCGGAGCAGCCGGACCACCAGGUCCCGCCGGAGCAGCUGGUCCGCCAGGACCACUUGGACCAACAGGCCCAACAGGCCGGUAAUGUAGCACCAUACAACAACACUGAAGAAGAAAAAAAAAAUAAU